AUGGCGGAUCGUCCUCAGCCACACCAGCUCCAAGUUCGUCCCCAGCAUGGCCUUGGGGCCAAGACCCAAUACCAAGGCCCGUCAACUGGCCAGGUCCUCGCAGUCAUAACUGGCCUUCCUGUUGGCGGAACCCUGCUAGCCCUAGCUGGUCUCACACUCAUGGGCACCAUCAUUGGGGCUCUGUUGGCCACCCCACUCUUCAUCAUCUUCAGCCCGGUUCUUGUCCCGGCUCUCUUUGUCAUUGGCCUGGCCGUUACCGGAUUUCUAACUUCGGGCGCUUUUGGACUGACUGCACUCUCGUCUCUGUCUUGGGUCACCAACUACCUCCGGAGGGCCGCGGGGUUGGUGCCGGAGCAGCUGGACCAGAUGAAGAGGCGCACAGCGGAUAUGGCGGAGUUUGUGGGACAGAAGACCAAGGAGGGCAGCCAAGACAUCCAGAGUAAGGCCCAAGACGAAAAGAGGAGGACAUGA